AUGAACGCAAAUCAGGAAACAAAUCCUUUGGGCGCAGCAUAUGGACCGACAAACGCCCCGGACAUCAACGCUACCGCUCUCCACACUGAGCAGGCACCGCAGAGACCGGAUCUGCCUGUGGAGCGGGAAGUCGCCGCAGAGAAGAUGCAUGAGCCCAGCGAGGAGAAACCUCUCUCUAUUGAUGAUCGAUCUCUAGCCCUUCCACCCAUCGACCUUAAGUUCACUGCUGGAAUAUCUACCAACAGGGAAAAGGAGCCGCUGACUAUCGGAAUCGCGGAUACCACCACACUCAAGCCAGUGUCACACCGCAAAAUCGACCACGGAUUGAACAGCAAUGUGGUGAUCGGAGUGAUCAUACUGCAACCGUUCAAGCCUGCCACAUCCGUAGAUGGAUGUCCGCAAACCUACCAGCCCUCACCCCUCAACAGCUAUUCGAUCGUCUACAAGAGCUCAACUUCAGCUUCAGUCUAG